CUUUGAUUUGGAUUCUGAAUAUCCCACUCCAGCAGAAACAGAGCAGCAGGAGGAGGAGGAAACUGAGAAGAGGAAGCAAUCCUGUCUGAGCCAAGGACUCUGAGCAGCGUUCUCACCUCUGUCUGCUGCAAUGGACUGACUGAAAAGAAACACAAAUCAUCCAGGUGGAUCCCCUGCCCAACAUCCUGACAGCCAGGAGAGAGUUUCCAGCCUCUGUAACUACAUCCUGCCAACUGAAUGAUGCCUUCAUUCCCGAUUGAUGGAGAUGUCGAAGGGACCUCAAGUCUGACACUGAAGAGUGGGCUGCCAUAUAAAACCACAGGAGUUGGGAAAAGAAACAUCAGAAUGAAGAAGAAAAAGAAAGGAGCUAUCACAGCAAAUUUCUCUGGCACAAAGUACCAGAUUGUGCGCCUGGCGAUAUUGGAAGCAGGGUUUUCUCGAGCCAGGGAGGAGGAUGAAACUGCCAAUCUGAUCUGGAAUGAUGCUGCUGUGCAGCAGGAGAGGAUCGCUGAUCUGAGAAACUAUCAGAGAAUCAACCAUUUUCCUGGAAUGGGAGAGAUUUGCCGCAAGGACUGUCUGGCUAGAAACAUGGCCAAGAUGAUCAAGAGCCAAUCUCAAGAGUACUGCUUCACCCCCAGGACCUGGAUCUUUCCUGCAGAGUACACUCAGUUCCAGAACUGUGUGAAGGAACUCCGAAAGAAACGCAGGCAGAAGACCUUUAUAGUCAAGCCAGCCAAUGGAGCCAUGGGUCAUGGAAUUUCAUUGAUAAGAAACGGUGAGAAGCUUCAAGCACAAGAACACUUAAUCGUGCAGGAAUACCUCGAUAAACCAUUUCUCUUGGAGGGCUACAAGUUUGACCUACGUAUCUACAUCCUGGUGACCUCUUGCGACCCACUGCGCAUAUUCCUGUACAAUGAUGGGCUGGUACGCAUGGGCACAGAGAAAUAUCACGCUCCCACCGACUCAAACUUGAGCCAGCUCUUUAUGCACCUGACGAACUACUCUGUGAACAAGCACAAUGAGAAUUUUGAGCGGGAUGAGCAAGCAGACAGAGGCAGCAAGCGAUCAAUCAGGUGGUUCACCGAAUUCCUUCGCACCAACGAUUACGAUGUGGCCAAAUUCUGGAAUGAUGUCUCUGACCUUGUGGUGAAGACGUUGAUUGUGGCAGAGCCUCAUGUUCUACAUGCCUACCGAAUGUGCCGACCAGGCCAGCACCCCGGCAGCAACAGUGUCUGUUUCGAAGUUCUUGGUUUUGACAUCAUUUUGGACAGGAAGCUGAAGCCCUGGCUCCUGGAGAUUAACCGUGCUCCUAGCUUUGGGACAGACCAGAAGAUAGAUUUUGAAGUGAAAAAGGGAGUGUUAGUGCAUGCACUGAAGCUGCUUAAUGUACGCACCAGCGACAGGAGGAAGAAUCUGGUCCAGCAGAAAGCCGAGGCUCAAAGAAGACUGUAUGGGCAAGGGUCAGUAAAGCGACUGUCUGCUGGCUCCUCGGAGUGGGAGAAACAACGCCACUCACUGGAGAGGAGGCGAGAGGAGCUGAAGGAGAGGCUUGCACAAGUCCGCAAGCAGAUUUCAAGAGAAGAGCAUGAAAAUCAAAAUUUGGGGAACUACAGGCGGAUCUACCCUCCCGAUGACAAGCAGUUGCUGGAAAAGUAUGAGACCCUCAUAUGUGUUGCCUUCCAGACCUUCCUUGCAGGAAGAGCAGCCUCACUCCAGAAGGAACUCAGCAACCCACUGAAUCACAUGAAGGAGGAAGACAUCCUGGAUCUCCUGGAGCAGUGUGAAGUGGAUGAUGAGAAGCUCCUGGGGAAGUCACCCCGUCAGCGGGGACCAAAGCAGUUAUUCUCAAUGCCCGAGACAACGGAACCAAAUUCACGAAAAUAUGACGAGAGCAGCAGUAGCGGUAACAGCAGCUGCAGCUCAGACACCGACGAAGAGGAGCUAAGAGAUAAAAAGUUUAUGUAUGUUCGAAAAGGAAGAAAGUAUGAAUCUCCAGAACGAUCGAGCUCUUUUCCGCGAGUGAUUGAUUGGCCAACAAUAAUGCAAUUACAGCAAAUCUACUAACACAGAGGUACCCAAACCUUUGUCUUUAAGGG